GGAAGUGACGGCAGCAGGACUGCCCUGUGACUUCCGGUGUCCAGUAAUUCAGUUCUCCUGGAGACAGUCAGAGGAAAGUCCUCCGUGUGUCCAGACAUGUCCACAGCCUACAGGAACAGAAUACAGGAGUUCAAAGUCGCCUUGAGUGAAGAAAACAUUAACCUGAAGACUCUGAGGGAGCUCUGCUUCAAUGGAAUCCCAUUUGAAGGAGGAACACGAGCACUUUGCUGGAAGAUCCUUCUUAAUUACCUUCCCCUCGAUCAGACGUUAUGGGAGUCGUUCCUCAAGAAGCAGAGGGACGUCUACUCCCAGUUCUUAAAGGAAAUGAUCAUCCAGCCUGGUAUUGCCAAAGCAAACAUGGGCCUUUCCAGAGAGGAUGUGACCAUGGAGGAUCAUCCUCUAAAUCCAAACCCUGACAGCAGGUGGAACAACUACUUCAAAGAUAAUGAGAUUCUGCUCCAGAUCGACAAGGAUGUCAGGCGUCUGUACCCAGACAUGGCGUUUUUCCAACGUCCCACCGACUACCCCUGCCAACUCAUCCUGGAUCCUCAGAACGAUUAUGAGACGCUGCGCCGACGAGUUGAACAAACCACCCUGAAAGCUCAAACUGUGAACCGCAACCGCAGCGGAGUCACCAAUGUCAGCUCUCCUGGAAAGUCGUUGAACCUGUAUCCGUCUAACGAGUACGAGGUGCUGCCCAAUGGGAGUGAAGCACACUGGGAGGUGGUGGAGCGGAUCCUCUUCAUCUACGCCAAACUCAACCCCGGGAUCGCCUACGUGCAAGGCAUGAACGAGAUCGUCGGCCCAAUUUACUACACCUUUGCCACGGAUCCAAACAGUCAGUGGAAAGAGCACGCCGAGGCGGACACGUUCUUCUGCUUCACCAACCUGAUGUCGGAGAACAGAGACAACUUCAUCAAGAGCCUGGACGACUCGCAGUGCGGCAUCACCUACAAAAUGGAGAGUGUGUACUCCAUGCUCAAAGACAAAGACCUGGAGCUCUAUCUCAAACUGGAAGAGCAGAACAUCAAACCUCAGUAUUUCACUUUCCGCUGGCUGACCCUGUUGUUGUCUCAGGAGUUCCUCCUGCCAGACGUCAUCCGCAUCUGGGACACCCUGUUUUCUGACGAGGGCCGAUUCCACUUCCUCAUCCUGGUCUGCUGCGCUAUGCUCAUACUCAUCAGAGACAAUUUACUGGCAGGAGACUUCACAGUCAAUAUGAGAUUACUGCAGGAUUACCCCAUCUCAGACGUCCACAUCGUCUUGACGAAGGCCAAAGAUCUGCAGGAGAACUCCUAACCUGUUCCCUCUGGUCCUCCUGCCUCCUCUCAGCUGUGGUAGGUGGGAGCUCGAGCAUUAAAACUUGAUCAGUGACGACAGAUGCUCCCUGCUUCUUGACUCGAUGUGUGGUGAGCAGGGGCCGCUGUGAAAACCUGGAGGACACGUUGAAAAGAAACUAUUGCUUCCUCAAAAGGAGGAGGAGAUGCCACUUUCUUCUUGAUGCAUUAUGGGAAAAGGUUGCCUUGGUACGCGGUGGUCGUCCUCUCGCAGCCUCCUCUCCCACAGAACGGUGUCGAGAUCUGACGAUGGUGUUUGCGCUGAACAUCUGAGGGAGAGGAAGCAACGUUGAACCUGCAUCACUGAUGUUGGAACUGAAGCCACGACCAGAAUCCUGCUGCGAUCACGCUUUCUGUCUGACUGAGCGUUUAACUCAACAGUGCAUGUUUGUUUUUUUCAUUUUCAAGAGCGGAACCUUUUUAAUGUACGAAACAUGUUUGCCUUAUCAGUUCACCAAUGUGAAACAGGAAGCGUGGUUCCUGGCUAAAUAUGAGUAAAUAUGAAGUGAAGGGUCUGUGGCAUAAGCAACCGUCUGAAAAUCAUUAUUGUCUGAGUGUUAUGUCUCUAAAAUCAGUGACUGUGCGUAAAGAUGGACGACGCUGAUGCUCAGUUAUCUGUGUACUAGUGGAGAAGAGUCAGGCCACAGUUCCAGGGCACAUGAAGUAUUUCUCAUAUGUAGAAUUUUUCUAAUCAUUUUUGUAAACAGAGGUGAGAUGGGGCAUUAGAAGCUCUUUUUCCUUUCUGACUUUUCUGCUCCGGAAGAUCGACUCCUCUGAAUAUUUACACACUGUUGAAACGUCGUCUGUAAUUCUGAGGGUUCAGUGUGUGGAAGCUGUGACAUCACAAACGUGUCAGUACAGUGGUUUCAAAAUGUUUUAAUAAGCUGCUCAAAAACACAUUUAUCUGUGAGAGUGUGUGCUCUUUCAAUUUAAACUCUAAUUUCUGCAAACUACAUUUCAAUGAGACACAACGGGCUCAUUUCAAGUUGAAGAUUUUAAUUAAUGUCAUGACUGUAAAAUGUCUUCGUGCUCUAACGGUCAGAAUCAUGUUCCUCAGACUGUCCAUUGCUGCAGCUCCUCUUUUCAGUCUCUGUCUCAAACUCUUGGUUUUAGCUCCUGUCUCUGUAACACCCCCCCCCUCCUGCUCUGAUUGGUCAGCUGGUUCUCUCUGUUGUGAUUGGUCAACCGCUUCAUGCUCGUGUAGGAACGAAGGUUUAAACGACACACAGCCACGCGUCCAGUUUCUGUUGAACUCUGCGUGUGGAUCCUUCGUUGCUCAGGAGCGGAUGGACGCAUUUGAAGGAGCCUUCGAUACGAGACAGUCCGGUCGCAGCGCUGUGACGUCAUCUUCGGACGCAGCGUCUGGAGGACACGACUCCUGAUGUGAGACACGGCUGUUGUGUAGAAACGCAUAGAGACUCCUCCCGUGUUGUGUUCAGGUUCAUCAUGUUUGCUUUACUCGUCCGUCAGAUGUGUCCAGAAUUUAACCGAUCUCAAGCUCAGAAUGUCCGGGAGCAACACCGUGGCCUCAGGACGACGCAGUGUUGGAGUCACUGAAAGAAAUCUGAGGAUCGGUGAUGAUUUGAUUCUGUCCUUUUAUAAGAUGAUGAAUUCAGAAGAUCGGUCUCUGUGUUAACAUGAGGAACGUGCAGCAUCUUUUUAAGUUAAACUUUAAGUUUCACAAAUAAGCAUUUACUUAAGAACUUUAUCUUUUCUUUUUCUUGCUUGUUCUAAAAUCUUCGCUCUUCACAUUACGACUUUGUUCUUGUUUUAUUGUAUGAGACAGAUUCCUCAGCAGGACCCUGACCCUGACCGCAGGUUGACCCUGGUUCCAUGACCACAACCUUUCAGGUUUAUUUUCAUCCAAACACUGAUGAAGUCCAGAAUCUUCACUUUAAAAUGACAAACAAACGUUUUACGAUGAAAACAGACAUUUUUGCUUUUGAACAUAUUUUUAAUUUAAUCUUGUUCUUGAUUGUUGAGUUGAAUAUUAUCUAAGUGUUUUUAAUUAACAUUAAUCCUCACGUUCCUCUUUUCGAUGUGUAUUUAUUUCUCUGCUGACGCUGUGUGAGGGUUACGAUAUUCUGUCUUCUGCUAUUUGCAUGGUUCCAGUUUUGUAAACACAUUUUGUAAUGUCUCCGGUGUUAAGACUUGUAUAUAUGUUUUUACAUGUCUGCAUUAAAAUGAACGAUGAUA